AACGAGCCUUAAAUUUAAAACACAGAAUCCAUGUGAUUCCAUUGAGCCUCUGGUUAACUGGAUUAAUUGCUCAUAAUCAGGUUUUAUUCAAUAGUCAUGAGAGGAUUUAAGCUGAUCAUCAUGUUUUCCAUAUGUAGGCCAUACACAUCAAAAAUGAUGGAUGUUGACCCAAUUUGAGAUUCUUUAUCUUUUGUGUAUUAAACACAUGGGAAACAUGUAUGUUAUUUUCAGUGUCUUAAUUAUUCUUUGCAAUGUUCUGAUGGACGCCAUAUUGAAUUGAAUAUUUAGAAUAUGCCGCAAGCCAACUACCGGGAAUUAAAUAGAUACUCCUGACCUAUAGGAAAGAAAAACUGAAGUAAUUCUAAUUCACCCCAUACACCUUCCCUUUGUAAACAGCUUUCACUAUGACGGGAAUGUUUGCCCAUUGAUAUAGUUGAACAUUUUUAGGUCGCUGAAAAUUGAGAAGGGACCAAACGGAUAUAAUCCCUGAUGGGUUAAUUAAGGAAUUUGUCAGUAUGGCAAGUGUCCCAAAUGAACUCCAAAUGAGAAUCAAGAUAAAUUGUGAUUAAAAAAAGAAACUGCAGAUCACUACCUUUCUAAACAUCUCCAAAAUGAAGCAGCUCGCCCUUUAUAAUCUAAUUUCACCUCUGUGAAUGUCCUUAAUGAAGUCUUUGCGUCACGCUAACAGGUAGAUAUUCAUGUUGUAUUAAAAUUGCAUGUUCCUUGACUAAUGCAGUGCUUGGUGACUCCAGGGAUAUACGUAUGGUGCAUGUUGGAUGACAAGCGGCCGCUAGUCCUCUGAAGUUGCUUCAAUUAGCCAUGUGUCAUAAAUACAGUGAUGAUUAGGUUGAGAUUAGUGUGACCGAAAACCUUGGAAUGAACCCAACUAUUGCAAUCUCAACAUCUAGUUGCCAGUGGAGCUCCGUGUUGGGCGGAUCCAGUUGCACAUUGAAUAUUCCUGCAGUCAAAUGAGCUCAGUUGCAUUGAGUGAUUGCUGUUGCUUUUAGUAUUAAUAAUACAGGAGGAAGUUAUUGUCCCUAUGCACCACAGUAUCAUGAAGCGACAGCAAGUACAGUGCGGGGGGGCUUGUGUGCUUUCACUCGGGCCUCUAAUGUUUCGGGGGCCUGUCGCUUUUCAGACUCAGGGGAGGCGGCUGCUCUUACCUUUGCACAGGGCUCAAUUGUAAGGCUGCCUGAGCCAGUGAUAACCGAGUCCCAAGUGGUGACAGCCUACUCAGUCCCGUUGGCUCGGACCACGCCGUAAGACUAAACCCUCAACAAAGCCAAACUCUAAUAGAGCUCCUGCUGAGAGACAGCUCAAUAGGAAAUUAGUCGCUGGGAGACUUCAGAGAAGGAUGAAAGUCCAGAGUGUGAUUAAACCCAUCCAGAUUUUAUCUGUGCGGUGACCUUCUUAUAACCUGACCUGGGGAGACAAAAACAACAUCUUUGUUCCGUAGACUUACCUAACAGUAUUCACUUUUGAAGAUGUCUCGAUGUUGGGUAUAUUCUUUUGAAUUGUAGUAGUCAACCAACGUGCAUAUAGGACGAUGCCAACCAGCAAUUUACACCUGCACCAAAGUGGGAGGGGGUUGGAGAGUGAAAACUAAAGAGUGCGGCAGCGAAACAGAGAAGGUGUACUCGGAGGCCAGUUCCGAGUAUGUUGAUACCUCCAUGGAAAGCAUGCGGCUAACUUGAUACUUCAAGAAGUCAUGGGUGAGUUAUUUCAUUUCUUUUACAUUAUUUCAAAUAUUUUAAACACACUUCAUAACCCAGGUUUGUGGGUUGUGCCUUGUAUACUCCUCAUUCAUCAACCUUUUUUUUUUUUUUUUUUAAAAACAUGGUUUUACAGAAAAAAUAUUUUGUGUAUGAUCCAUGAUACUUUCAUAGUGAGCUAUUGAGUUUCAUGUCCUAUGUAGAAACUACGCAUGACCAUAAUAAUUCAGUGAUUACAGACAGUCUGGUAUUUGUUAGAGUUUGCUGUUUAAUUGUGGCCAGCAGCCAAGUAGUCCACUACAAGACAUCAGCUAUGUGACCCUUUUUCUGAGAGAGGCAGAGCAGUAUAUCAUGGACUGUCAAAUUCUUAUUUUUGCAGUAAAAUGCCCCUGUUUAUGUGCACAUCUUUGCAGAUUUUUAGUCAAAACACUGAUUUUUUAAUAUGUUUGCAUAUCUCAUACAGCAAGGUGUUGAAAGCAUAAUCUGUACGGCAUUUAAGAUGUAAAGGUAGUCAGCCUUUUUAUUCCAUCUUGGAUUUUUUUUCAGUCAAAUGUAAAACAUUAAGCAAAAGUCAAGUCUUGAUAGAUACCUUAUUCACCAUGCUUUAUAUAUGGCAAAGUGAUGUGGUAGCAGGCCAUACGCAGUCAGGAGAUCGGGUUCGAUUCUCUGUUUUAGCAUCUCUGUGUGGAGUUUGCAUGUUCUCCCCGUGCAUGCGUGGGUUUUCUCCAGGUACUCCGGUUUCCUCCCACAUUCCAAAAACAUGCUAGGUUAAUUGGCGACUCCAAAUUGUCCACAGGCAUGAAUGUGAGCGUGAAUGGUUGUUUGUCUAUAUGUGGAUGAAAGAUGGAUGGAUGUGGUAGCCUGUCACUCUCCCUCUCUUCCACACCCCAGGUUCAUGCUUAUCAGUGAGAAAGAUGUGACCGUGUCCCACUGAAUGAAAUGAAGGCUGCACAUGAAAGGCCAAGCAUGGCCACUCUUCAGUUCAAAUUCUUCCUAGUUUGUGUUGUUUUACUUCGACAAGGAUCCUCUGAGAAAACAGGAAUGGGAAAAGAACGACAGAAUGAUGACAUACUCAAGGAGCUCCUAUCAAAACUGAAUAAUGAAGGUGCUUGGAAUCCACAAAAGAACCCUAAAGAAACGAUCAUGGAUGUCCUUCUGCACCCUUGGAUGAAUAAUCUACUGGGGGGCCUUCAAACUCUAAGUGGUUUACUUCCUGGUAAAAGCCAGGCUUCACUAAACCAGCUCAUUGACCAACAACAUUGUCUCUCUGGCUUCCUCCACAACAUCUCUCAGUAUCUCCAAGAUAUGAGUACAGGAUCGGAAGAGGCAUCUGUAGAGGACCAGCUGUGGGAGAAAGUGCUCUAUUUCUUUCUCCAAACCGAAGGGAAUGCUGCACAGAGCCAGUGGAAUGGCCGGGUGCCACCUCGUCCAAGCAUUCAAGUGAAGGACUGGUUUCUGUCCCUCAGAGGCAGCCCACACUGGGACUGGCUGCUGGGCCUCAUGCAGAGCAUAACAAGCCUCCUACAGCAUCAGCCUCACAAAUCCCUUCUGACUUUGACGUCUCAGAACUGGAGGACAGUGAGCGCUGUGCUGGAGGCCGCUCUGCAGGCACUGAUCAGUGGGACAUACGGCCAAGCCAGCGCAGGCCUGCAGGGUUUUAUCUGCGCACUGAAAGGUCGCACUGAUUGUCCUUUUGGUGUCGGCUGGCUUCAGUAUGUACUCCACCUCCUGGAAACACACAGCUGGAGCCCCAUGAUAAGUUUACAUUCAGAUGGGGAGGAUGCAGACCACAGGAGAGGCUCGAGUGGACGCAUUAAACCCUUCAGCUUGCCUCCUGAAGCCAUAAGGCAGGAUUUAUUAACAGAAAAUACUUCACUAGAUGACACAAAGGGAACACCAGAUUCUAUGCGGAAUUUAUUCCUGCAAGCACUCUCACGCUCAAGUGGAGGCAACUUGGCACAGAAAAAUCUAGCACUUGUUCAAAGUUUGGAUGGGCUGAGGACGGGCCUCCUACACAGGAUAGGGAAUUCUGUGUACGGUAACCUGAGAAAGAAAGUGUCACGAGUUACCAUGGCCAUGCUUGAUGAUGUCAGCAGUCUGGUGGAUAUGCCACAGCCCAAUGCGAGAGGACAAUGCUCAGUAGGCAACUUGAGGCAGCUGAUCUUAUGGGGUAUACGACAUAACGUGACAUGGAACACUCAAGCUUUGGGUGUCAGUACCCAUGGGCUCCCAAACACACUGCCAUUCCUUUCUUGUCCCUCCGAUGAUAACAGCUUCAGGCAAAAGACUGCUAAGUCCAGUUCUAAAUCAUCCCAAAAAAGCAACCAAAAACGCAUUAAAAAACCACAAUCAAAGAGUGAACAACAAAGAGAGAUGGAGUACUCAACUAGUGCAGAAAUUCUGGAAGCGGCGUGUAAUGAAUCCAUCCCAGCAUUGACAGGAGUCUCCAACUUCACAGUGUUCCUCUACUGUAAACUGUUGGAAGGAGAGAAUGGCUCAGUGAGUCCUGUUGUGGCUGAGAUGGGUCUGGACCUGCAUGCCUCCUGCUCUGAUGCAGCUUGGUACCUGUCUGCAGCCGAGGAGGACUUCCUUUGGGUUCAUGUGUGCAGUGAGUUCUUUGCUCAUGAGUUCAACAACACGGUGUGCACCAACUCCUCUUUCUGGCUGCAGAGGGCACAUCAGCCUGCAAGGACAAACAACUCCAAUGUGUUUAACCAGACAAGUAUCGAACAGUUGUGUGUGCACCUAUCAAGUGGUGCAACAGGAAGUCCAGCGCUUGUGGAGAGCUGUCUGUCUCAGCUGGGCAGUAGCAAGUUCGUGAGUGCUCAGACUUUCAGACGCUGCUUUCUGCCCAACAACUCUGCUCUUAUCUCAGCUUUGUGUGGGAGAGAACCAUUAGAAUCCCACCGGUCCUUGCCAGAGGGCAGCUGGGCUGCAGCUUACUGCUUCAGACAACACAACCUCUCCACUGUUGAAACCACUGAGAAGACCUGUCAAUACCAGGAGUGGGCUGUGCAGACUUUCCUCAACGUGACCAUGCUGGAAGUGUGUGGGAAGGCACAUGGACUGAGGGAGUACAUGUGCCUGAAUGCAUCGCUGUAUCAACAGUUGCUGAAAUUGAUGCCACACUUGUUUGACUUUUGUGCAGACCUCCAAGCAGAGGUGGAAGACAGCAAGUGCUUACUUCAGAAGUUUUUUGACAUGCUCCCAGCACAAUACGAGUUUGACACAUCACUAUUGUGUGCGGACCCAGCACAGCUGAUGCUGGAAGUGUUACACAAGCUCAAUGUGUGCCGGGUCGAGGGAGCGGAGAACCAAGGAUAUUUUGUCUUGCUUGGAUAUGUGUUAAGGGUGCUGGACUUCAUGGUAGGCCUCUCUUCUGGUCUGGAUGAGGGGGAGCGAGAGGCCCGACAAGGUUUGAGUCAGGCCAUCCUCCUUUCCAGUCUCCUUGAGAAUGGAUCGUGGAGCACACUGCAGCCGGAGGCCUCCAUGAGCGUCCUUCACACUGUGGGGGUCUUCCUCCGGCGAGAAUUGAACCCAGCCCUUAAAGAGGACCUACUGAGCUGCUUUAGUCCUGUCUUGUGGGACCUCAUUCAGCAGGACGACAACUCAUCUGCUCUAAGGGUUCUUCUGCAGGAAUAUCUCAAAAUGCCAAAAGACAGCAUUCGCACUCUGGUGAUGUCUGCAGAGAAAGAUGCAGUCAAGAGGUUCCUCUCACAUAUGCAUCAAAGCUGGGAUCACAUUCAAGUUGAAACCAGUCGGGCUUCUCAAAAAGAGCUGCAGGCCAUGGAAACAAUGACUGCUGCUUUUAUCAAUAAAUUCCCCAAAGUUACCCCAGAACUCUUUAUGGAUCUGUCCCAGUUCAUCCCAUUCAUGUCUGUCUCCGACAUCAUGAGCUUCCCAGCCUCUCUGAUGGUUAAUGACAGCGUCCCAGAGAUGAAGUCGCCACAGAAAAAGGCAUUUGUUAAAAGACUCCUGCAGUCAGUCCUGGGUGAUGUCCCCACUUGGCCACCCUACUUCCUCAGCUCCAUCAUCCCUCUUCUGCCUUACCUUCCCAUCAGUCAUUUCCAGCAGCUGACCUCACAACAACUCACCCCUUUGGUGGAGUUGCUCGGCAACAGCAGCCUGGAUGGUGUCAGAGGACGCCAUGUUGUCCGGACCAUUUUCACCAAGAAUAAAAAUGUCACAGUUGAUAACAUAAUGAGGCUUGGCAUCCUUGCUUGUUACUUGGAUCCACUUGACCUGCAUUCAUUUCUUCACAAUUCAGCCGUGUCAUUCACUCUCCAGAGGCAGCUUCUUCAGUGUGUGUCCAAGGGCUUCAUUAGAGCCAGUGGCAGGCUUUCGUCCUGGUUGAUACCAGCAGUACAGACACUGAAUGCCAGCAGCAUGACUCCUGUGGAGCUGACCGGCCUCAGUACUCUGCUCCCCCAGUUAGGAGCAUCCUUCUUGCUAUCGCUUCCAUCGCAGCAACUCCUGGAGCUCCUCUCCCAACCAGGAAUACACAGAUAUUCUCCAGCACAGGCUUUUGGAAUUUUGUCCAAGAUUUCCAAAGACACUGAUCUGACAGUGGAAACAUUGUGUCGACUGAAGCCAUUACACUCUGGUCUCUCCACUGCUGUGCUGAGCAACCUCAACUGGUCUGAGGUCAAUGAAAGCACCCGCUGCCAGUGUUGGAGUAACAUGCUGACGGAACUGAAACCUGGCCAUAAAGCACUGCUAUACAAUGCAAUGCAGGAGGCUUUACAGCGACACUCACCAAACAUCACUCAGCACGUGAACUGUCUCCUGCCAUUAAUUCCUUUGAGGAAGCUGAGUGAGGCCCUGCAGAGGCAACAACUCCCCAAAGACAGCAGCUUGUACAGAGACAUCAACUGGUCGCCACAGCAGGCUCAACUGCUGUUUAGGUGGAUGCAUGACUCUAAAAAUAUCACCAAGAAGAUGUUGAGACAGCUGGGUCAUGUUGGAGGUGGAAUGACAUGUGCAUUUUUGAGACUUUGGCGCAACGACAGUGAUUUUGCAGAGCUGCUUCACUUUGCUACUUGGUUGCCCGGACACCUGAGACCUGCUCUGCGAAAAUGUCUCAUAGAAGAACUUAGACAACAACCUGAAGCGGAUCUCAGCCCUAUGAGCCCUUGGUUUUCAGCAACAUUACCAGUGGCAAUGAUGGAUGACCUUUCCAACACAUCCUUUAGGGCUGUUCUGGACCAUGUCCAGGCACACUUUGCAGAUUUCCUCCUACUACCACAUUACAAGCAGACAAACAUAGCCGAGAGGGCCAUCGGAGAACUGGGCUCUUCUACCCUGAUUAGUGGCGUGAUUGAUGGUACCACUCUGGACUUGCUGGGACCUCUUCUGCCUUUCUUGGAUAGAGACAGUUUGGCACUGGUAGAUAGGAGGGCUCUGGCUUUGCGGCUGGAGGAGAUGAGAAGCUUCUGCCUUCCCAAAGAAGCACUAAGAGAUAUCAGCAUGCUGCUCACUCAGAAAGACGUGAUUGGGGAGCCAUCCAAGUGGCAAGUCGGGGAUGUUGAGCAUUUGGGAAGGCUGCUGUUUUCUCUGUCGACAAAGCAGAUUAACUCCAUCCCACUGACAGUGCUGAAUAAAGAUACAGUGGAGCAGGUUCUUGGGGGUCAAGAACGCUGGGAGGACAGUGUGUUGAGUGGAGUCUGUUUGAGGCGGUGCAUGGACCAACAUCACCAAAGAGAGAAGACACUGAGUCUCAUGCAGGGGAUUGUAAAAGCACAAGUCCCAAGCUGUGUAGACAUUAAAAGUACCUUCCCCUCAGCUUGGACAUCAUCUCAGCUGAGGCACAUGUCACAAGUGGAAUUGAGAGAGUGUGUAGAAGUCUUUGGCCAGGAUGCUUCACUAAGCCCCGACCAGCGCAGGUCACUGUGGGUCAAACUUAGGCAGGCGUUCAGUCCAGUGAGGGAGCUCAGAGCAGAUGAGGUGCUGGCUCUUGGCUCUCUGGUGACUGAGAUGGCAGUCAGAGAACUGCAUGACAUCUCUUUGACUGAUGUUGCUUUUUGGGCCCAUCUGGGGACACUGACACACUGGAGCCCUAGGAAGAUGAGAGCAGUCAUUUCGGGAAUGAUGCACAAACUCAACCUGAAGAUUGAGCACCUAUCAGUCAUUGAUCUGGCGACAUUUGGCCAUCUGAUCUGUGGGCUGUAUCCCUCAGAGAUGACAAGACUGAACCCUUACAACCUCAGCAUGGCGGUCCGAUUCCUACGAGAGAUGUCCCUGCCAUGCACAGAACAGCAGAUGGAGGCUUUGACAAGCCGUUUGUCCAGACCUGAGGCCUUUGGUCCUGUCAGUGCUUGGGGACCUGAAGUUUUCACUGAAAUUGGGACAUUGGCAGUGGGCCUGGAAGACAUUGUUUUGUCAGCUCUGACACGAGAGCAAGUGGAAGGAAUCACAGCUGAAGCAAUCAGCCUGCUUUCACCAAAAAAGACCGCAGUUGUGUUCAGUGCCAUCCAGUUGUCCUGGCUGAGUGCAGAGCAGGCGUGGGCCAUCACUGAGGAGCAGUGGACAGAGCUUGACAACGAGCAGAGACACAAUGUCAGACUUGCUCGGUAUGAAGGAGAUGUACCGCUAGAGCUGAGAGGGAGAAACUCAGCUGCAGCAGCCCUCAACACUUUAAGCUUUCUCGCUCCAAGUCUCUGGAUAUGGCAUCUAUUUUAAAAGGCUUCAGCACGUUUAAUUAGCACCUCUUCACACAUUUGUAUAUGCAUUAAAUACUGUAUUUUGGUGGGUCGUG